AUGAAAUCAAGUGCGGAUCGGGCCGCAUCUGAGCGCCAGCAGAAGCAGCAGCGCGCGCGGUCAGAAUUCUGUCAGGCGGUGGGCGACCUGUUUGUGACCGGGCAGCCUGCCGCCAGCACUAAAGCAGCUCGCGCUGUGCUGUCAGUGAUCCAGGACAACGGCGACACGGUGGUGGAGAACGGGUCGUUCAAGAUCUCGGUGACUGGAUACGGCAGCGGCGCCCCCGCAAAGGUUCCCCUCGAGGUCGUCGUGCCCUCAGGGUACAAGCUCUACCAGGAGCACGAUGGCGCCUUCGCGAGGGCAAAGACCCUUGGCAGAGUGCUGCAGCUGCUCGUGCAGCCGACGGCGCCGCCGCACCCCGACAUCCCCCCGCAGCUGCUCUCCGGCCCCAAGACCCUGGCCAGGCUCAUCUACGGGCGCGAUGAGUUGUCGCCCGCGCAACUGGGGCGCAUCGCCGACAAGAUCGUGGUCCUGACGUUGCUGGAGGAGUCGGCCGUCAUCGACGCCUCUGAAGGACUGCUCAACAACAUCGUGGCCAACUGCCACGUGUGCCUGCGGGACCACCCGCGUGCGCUUCCCGAGCUGAUGCGCGCGCUCGCCGGGGAGUACCUGGAUGGUGGCGGCGGCGGCGGCGGCGGCGGCGGCGGCGGCGGCGGCGGGGGUGGUGACGGCAGCAGCGGCGACGGCGACGGCUGCGGCGGUGGCGGCGGCGGCGGAGGCGGCGGUGGGGACGGCUCGCAGUCAGGCGGCAGCGGCGACUUCGCCUCCCUGAUCUGCAACGUGCGCGGCCUCGAGGCGGAUGGCAGGGGGCGCGUCGUUCAGGCGUCGAUCAUCGUCUUUCGGGAGAUGUUGAAGACGCACAUGCGGGACUGGGCGUCACCUGGGACGUGGGAUUUCAACGAGGCAGCAAAGACCGCGGUCGUGCGCGCCCCGGCCGUCGCGGAGGAGCUCAGCCGCCGCGGCAAGCGGCGGCCGCGGCCGCCCUCGGCCGAGCAGUCGCAACCGACCGGGCGGCGACGGCAGCCCCACGAGGACGCCUCGCAGGACUCGGCGGAAGAGGAAGGGGGCGGACCGAGCCCGGGCGGCGGGAGACGCGGCGAACGCCCAGACCGCGCGGGCGCUGCUGCGUCCGAGGAGGACGAGGAGGAGGAGGAGCCGGCAUCGGGCAGCGGGGACGACGAGCCGCCGCGGCCGCCCCGCCUGGGCUGGGCGAGGGGUGGCUGGCGCCCCGGCGGACCCCUCGGCGGCGGCGGCGGCGGCACGGGCACUGGCGGCGGCGGCGGGGGCGGUGGAGGCGGAGGCAGGUGCGACUCGUGGAGUGUACUGAGGUCAAGCCUGGAGCAGCAGUGCAGCCAGCUCGCGCGCCGCUGCAGCGACCUAGAGGUAGAAAACAUCGGGCUGAGGAGCGCCCUCAGCCGCACACAGCAGGACCUGGCCAGCGCCAGGUUGGAAAUUGAGGAAAUCAUGUGCGUCCGCAGCGGGCAGCAGCAGGGCGGCGGCGGUGACUCCAUGCGCACCCACGAGCCGGGCGCGCGGAUCCCACAGGCGGACGCGCCGCAUCCAAGGGUGCAGGGCGCGCACCCGCCCCAGGCGCUGCCGCUGCGGCCUCCGCAGCCACCGCGCCAGACGCCGCAACUGCCCCAGACCCCUUCGUUUGGCGGCAGCUGCGCGCCAGGGGGCGGCGUUGCGGGGUUGCAGUCGGCGCCGAGGCCGCGGCAGCAGCAGCCGCAGCCGCACCAGCAGCCGCAGCCGCAGCAGCAGCUGCAGCAGCAGCGCCAGCAGCAGCACAACCAGCAGCAACACAACCAGCAGCAGCACAACCAGCAGCAGCAGCAGACGCGACCGUGGCCGCAGCCGCAUCAGCGGCAGCAGCAGCAGCAGCAGCAGCAGCAGCAGCAGCAGCAGCAGCAGCACAACCAGCAGCAGCAGCCGCGGCCGCAGCCGCAGCACCACCACCAGCAGCUCCAACAGCUCCAGCAGCGGGUGCCUAGCCCCGGCGGCCCCGCCCCGCCGGCUGCCCCGACCCCAACGCCGCAGCACGGCGGCGCGUUUGGAAGCGGCGGCUCUGCGCCUGUACAAAAGCAGGCCAAAGGCACCGAGCCGUGGCAGCAGACGCUUUUGCGGCGACGCCAGAAGCAGCAGCAGCAGCAGCAGCAGCAGCAGCAGCAGGAGCAGCGUCAGUCAAUGGGCAGCGCCAGUGUCGGGUGCGCCACGGGCCCCGGCGAGACGCUGAGGCGGAACGGCAGCGGCGGCGGCGGUGGCAUUGGGGGCGCCGCUGCACCGGCACCAGAGCAGCACCUGCCGCAGCGGCAAUGGCAGCAAAAGUCGGGGUCGGGCGGCUUGCUCCCGCUACCGUCGUAUGCACCGCGGGGGCGACGGUCCUUCACGCCCCCGGUGGUGGCUCGCGCGCCGGCAGGCCCUCCCCCGGCGACCGGGCCGUAG